AUGCAAAAUGAUGUGCAAAACAAAGCUUCAGCCAGCACCAGCGUUGGUUGUACAAGUAGCUCUGAUCGGGCAUCAGCAGUCGAUGUUGGCGAACUAAUUCAUCAACGAGUCCCAAACUCGUAUACCCCGCCUCCUGUAAAAGAAACCCCUAAAGUCGUGUCGCCCUUCAACGCGCAGGAAAUCCUGUCAGGGCUGCCCGGCAUCGAGAUAACGAAGGUCGACAAGAAGGCCGUGAGGAGCGAUGCCGAGGCGAACAAGGCUUGCCAGACCGCCCAAAAACGGGAGCUAGAACUAGCUCUGGAAAAUGAUGAGGCUGAAGAUGGAGAAGGCUACAUGGAUGGGCUCAAUGUUAAAGAAUGUACAUCACUGGCACCAGGUAGCUCAUUUUCUGCCCUGAUUCCAACUAUGUGGCCUCAAGAUCUGAUAGAUAAACAAUUGGUUGUUCCUGAUGAUCCCAACUCACAACCGGAAUACAGGUUAGUAGUCAGGCAGUUUGAAUAUAGGAACAGUUGGUGGUAAAGGGAUAUGAGUGAGUCUCUGAUAAGUACUGACAUGUUGGCAAACAGUUACUAUGCAAAAAAAAGUAAUUUGCUUGAAGCCAAUGGAGGUAGGGAUGGAUUGGUGUGUGCAAUUGGCCUCCAUCAGUAGCUAUAUGGUAGCUGUUUUGCUGAUUGUUUCGCAAAAGAUUCCUGUUCUCUAUAAAUUCCUUGAUACCUAUCUGAUUUCAAAAAACUUGCCUAACUCAACUAACAAAAUACAUCAUUUCUGUACUCAAAUAUAAUGUUUCUAUAAUAAAAUACUUUGUUUUUGUGUACUAACUUUGGUCUUAUUUCUUUUUAACUUUCCAUUCAAAUGACCAAAGCUGUAAAUGUUGUUCC